CGAAGAUGAAACCAUCCGCCAUUUUACUGAUAACCUCCGUCAUCCUGGGAGUUUUGCUGCAGAUGCACUGCAUCCAGGGCCAGAAACAGGCCUUUGAUAUCGCCAAGCUGCUGCCCAAGACCGGAACAGAGCCCAUUUGGACGGUGAUCGAUCGCAAUCUGCCGCAGGUGCAGGAGAUGAUCAACACGGCGAGGACGGAGUGCAUCCAGAAGCUCCAGCUGCCCAGGGAUCAGCGGCCCCUGAUGAAGGUGGCCAAUCCCAGCGAGAAGGAGAAGUGCCUUUCGGAGUGUGUGCUGAAGAAGAUCAAGCUGAUGGACGAGAACAACAAGCUGAACCUGAGCCAGGUGGAGAAGCUGACCAGCCUGGUGACCCAGGACAACAAGGUGGCCAUCGCCGUCAGCAGCAGCAUGGCCUCGGCCUGCAACCGGGGCAUCUCCUCCAGGAGCAACUCCUGCGAGGCAGCCCACCUGUUCAACCAGUGCAUCGGUCGCCAGUUGGAGCGGAGCAACGUGAAACUGGUGUGGUAA